CACUUAAAUAUAAAUCGUAGAAUAAACAUUUUAAGAUGCGCUCGCGUUCUCCCAAGGAUGGAAGUCAUUCGCAUCGCAACCAUGCCAGGAACUACAAACACAAGCGUUCCGGAUCGUCGUCAUCGUCUGGCUCCUCAUCGUCUGCCUCGUCCAGACACGAAAAUAGCCCAUCCCUCAGGUCUCAUUUGGAAUACUAUGGGAGCAACCGCAGCUCGGGCUCACGUCGCCGUUCGCGCUCGCGUUCUUACUCGCAAUCCCGCUCCAUAUCGCCUUCAGGAGCACGCAACCGCUCUAGGCGCCAGUCACAGGACCGUCAGAUUGGAGGAUCCUCGGAACGUCCCAAGACAAACCGCUGCAUUGGCGUCUUCGGCUUGAGUACCAAUACUUCCCAGGAGAAGGUGCGCGACCUUUUCAGCAAAUACGGCCCCAUUGAGCGCAUUCAAAUGAUUAUCGAUGCCCAGACCCAUCGCUCGCGUGGUUUCUGCUUUAUUUAUUUUCAAAAUGUCGCCGACGCCCGUGUCGCUAAGGAUUCCUGCUGCGGCAUGGAGAUUGACAACCGUCGCAUACGCGUUGACUUUUCAAUAACCCAACGUCCCCACACUCCUACUCCUGGAAUCUACAUGGGACGUUCGUCUCGCAACCAGUAUGGUCGCUCCGGCUCACCGUGUGGUUCUCGAUAUCGCGACUACGGUUCUUCAACAACUAAGGAUUCUCGCAGUCGCUAUCGUGACUACCGCAACGAACGCAGCGACCGCGAAUACCGCAAUGAACGUGCAAACCGCAAUUAUCCGAAGGAGUCUAGUCGCAGUCGUUAUGUACGCAGUCGCAGCGUUUCACGUUCUCGUUCGCGUUCGCCGGUGCGCAAGUACCGCACCUCAUCGCGUUAUGAGUAAUUCCUGUACAAAACGCGCCAAUUGCCAAAACCAUGCUCAUCGUCAAGGCCCAUCUGUAUUGUUUUUAUUUUGUGGGCCUUAGCAAACAAGACGAGCACACUUGACUGAAUUUUAACAAAACACUGGCAAAAUAAUCGCAUCUUAUGGCUUUGGGGAGCAAUUGACAAAUUUAUAACUCAUACAUCGUCUAAACUUUUAAUCUGUUGACUUCGUUGUUGCUGUUGAAAAACGUAGUUUGUAAAAAUCGAGAAUUAACACGAUUACAUAAUAGAAAUCUGGCACCAAAAGCGGGCUAUAGGUGCCACACACUCAUUGUGAUAUGUAGCUUAAGCAGCAGCAACAGCCUGAUAAUAAUAAUAAAACUAACACACUAACAAUCAUCCAUAUUAGAAUUAACUUUUAUCGUUACCAUUCUAAGUGUGCAAUUACAAAAUAUUCGCUUAUUUUAAGGAAUUGCCUCUUUGUGAAGGUAUAAGCUACUGUUCUCUUAAUUUUAACGCUUUUAUUCUGUUCGUUCGUCCCUUUAAGCACUCGCUGCCCUAUUUUAAGGCUUUAUGCGAUUAUAAUUUUGUAAAUAAUUAGCCACUACUGAAGGUCUGAUAGUUGGAUUAACCAACCAAUAAUGUUAUCCAUACUUUGCCCACAAGUACUCGCUGGCCGAUGUCGAGGGCACCGCAUGCUAACUAACUCACUAACCAUUAGCUUGUGUCUUGCAAGUGACUGCGAGUGUAUAUUAUACAUAUAGAUGUAAAUAUUUGUAUUUGAAUGCAAACAAAUUAAAUAAAUAAGGAUUUCAA